AUGGAGCAAGUAUCUCAGUGGCAGCUUUUCAAUACGUCUUGGACACUGCACCGUCUGUCCCCUCUCCACCACGGAAAGGACUUCGAGAUCCUCCUCGAUAACCCAGCCGCCUUGAAAGCAUAUGCAACGCGAUUGCGCGAUCAGCUUACCGGCGAUGUCCUCGCUGGUCUUCACGCGAGUGCAACCACAGCAGGAGAUGACGCGCUGUCGAAGACGGGCGCACUUAAGGAGUGCCUUUGGCAGCCUAUCUCUACCGGGUCGCAGAGCAGACGCACCGGUCCUUCAUUUCCGGGAAUCCUGGUGACUCUGGAAUAUGAAAACAUCCUUUACAAGGCCGCUCUUCUGGCCGACGUGGAACCAGAAAGCCAGCGCGAAGGUUCCACAUUUCUCCCUUUGCUCUUGACAAAAUUGCCCAAUGCGCUGCGACAGACCUUCAUAACAUUUCUAUCUGCCAAUUUCGACACCUACUGCUCAAACCUCCGCCUCCCGUCAAAUUUCCUUUGCACGGGGCUGGAAACGUUUGUCGACGAGCUGCGCAGUGGACGAGGACCGAGCGGGCGCUCAGCUGGAAACGAGGCCAUCGAAGAAGGGAUCAAGGAACUACAACUCACGCUCGCAUUCUCGCCCUCAAUCGCGCCAGCAUUAAGGUCACUUAAUGUCAGCAUUUCUCGAGCGUCUUUGAUUGAGUUUUUGCGCGAUGAAGCUUCCAAGUCUAAGCGCACGCUCAAACAGAAGCAGCGCAGCCCAUUGAUCAGGAACCUUACCGUUUACCUCGAAACACACCUGGCGAUGCAGCUAGAUCUGGAUGGCUCGUCGCAGAACCACAUGGCCAGGAAACAUGUCCGGCUAUCGAAGAUUGCAUGCGCUUCUUUUGUUCUGGGGAACGAAGGACGCAUGAAGUUGGUUGUGGGCGCGGAGCCGGCCGAAGAUGAGGAGUCGGUCGAUCAGAGCUCGCCUGCUUUACGUGCAAGUGAAGCGCUGCUCCAGAUGGCCAUACGCAGGGCUAUUAUUGGCGACCAGACGGCUACAUGA